AUGGUGCAGACGGUCUUGUUGCUUGAUGGUGAAAGGGUCUUUGUUAGUGACCAUUUACAGAACCGAGGCAGAAAUAAGAAACAAAAUUUCAUCACUUUCAAGAAGGGUGCAGUUGAUACACAGAAUGGUACACAAGGCUUGAUUGAGAGAUCUUGGAGUGGAUGGCACAAGGUGAUUAGUGCUGCAGAGACAAUCAUCCUUCCUUCUCUGAUUGGGAUUAUCUCUUCAACAGUCUUAGUUGGAAAUAUCCUCAUUGUGUUCAUAAUAAUAAGAACCCAGAAAAAAACUAUCCCAAAUAUCUACUUCUGCAAUCUGGCUAUAGCAGAUUUGGUUCAUAUCAUUGGCAUGCCCUUUCUCAUACACAGGUGGGUAUGUGGAGGUGAGUGGGUUUUUGGUAGCCGUCUUUGCACCAUCACUAAGUCCCCGGACACAGACGACCAGUUUACAUGCAGUGCCAUUAUGACUGCAAUGAGUUUGGACAGAUACCCAGUUUCCUAUUUUCAUUCUAUACCUCGGGACAAUAAUACCUCAUUGUGUUUAUGCAAAGCUGUGCUUCUGGUUGACAUUAGUGGACCCAAAAACAUGCAUGCCCAAAACUUAGCAGGUCAGCGUGCAGCCUCAGCAAAACACACUCUCAGCAACACCAACAGCUUCUUUGACAGGAGCAACUGGUAUACACUUUAUCUUACCAUAACUUUCUUUUUUCCUUUACCAUUGAUAUUUAUUUGCUAUAUUUUAGUUUUAUAUUACACACGGAAGAUGUAUCAGCAAAACAAGAAAGCAGGAAGUUACACCACCAGUAUCCCCAGGCAGAGAGUUAUGAAGCUCACUAAGAUGCUGCUUGCUCUGAUCAGUGUGUUUGUGGUAAGCACUACCCCCUUCCAUGUGAUCCAGCUCAUGGAUCUUCAGGUUUCUCAGCCGACCCUGACCUUCUAUAUGAGCUACUACAUCUCCGUGUGCCUCAGCUAUGCCAGCAGCAGCAUUAAUCCCUUUUUAUAUAUCCUGCUUAGUGGGAACUUCCAGAAGCAUCUCCAGCGAUGCACAAAUAUGAAAUUCAGGAUGGCAGAAGGGAUGUCAACAUCAUUGAAAACACCCUCGAGUCAAGUUUUCAAAAGAAGGUUCUUCUCCCAAGAAAAAAUGCCAUGUCUAUAUGUAGAUUUUAUUUGUUGCAAUAGAUAG